AUGUUCCGUUUGGUUGCCAUCCACUAUCGUCCAGCCACUCUUACAAGACUUUAUCACUCAACCUCAUCGCUCAGGAUGCCAGGACCAUUCGUACCUGCUGACUGGAAGAUCAUUGAAACCAGUCCCAGCGGCCUCGAACGCACCUUCACCAACGCAAAGACAGGACAGAGCACCUGGUAUACCCCUGAGGGUAUGACCGCUGCGGAGAUCUUCGCCAUUCCCGGUGCGAAGAAGUACUGGUCCACUACUGCAGACGUCGAAGUGUACAUCGCGAAGAUGGCCGCGGAGAAGGCCAAGUAUGGUGGUGAAGAUAUUGAUUCAAGUGCAUGA